ACUACAAGGGGUUACUUCAUUACUUGAGUUGCGCCGCUCACAGUUGAGAGUUGAGACUAGUUGAGUGGAGCGCAGACAGCAGACAUGGAAGAGAAAGGAGAGAAAGUAUGCGAGGCGGCGAGGUUAGGCGACGUAGCAGGCAUCACAUCUCUCAUCGAUGCCGGAUACGACGUCACUUACUUCGACGCAGACGGUCUUACUCCAUUGAUGCAUGCCGCCAAGCUCGGCCACACACAAAUCAUUCGUAAACUUAUCGAAGCCGGCGCUCCAUGGAACGCUCUCUCUCCUUCUUCUCUUUCUGCUGGUGAUUUCGCUAUGCAAUUUGGUCACCAAGAUUCCUUCGACUUGCUUCUUAAUGCUGGGGUUCAAGCUGAACUGAUCCUUGGUACCAUUGCCAGAAAAGAAAAAGAAAAUGGCCAUUUGAAUGGGAAUUACUUGGAGGAUAGAGUUAGCUUUAGCGAGGAUAAACUGAUGGAUAAAGAUAGCAAGGCUGUUAUGAUGGCGUGGGAGAAACCAUUAAUGGAGGCUCAUGCAAAAGCUGUUUGCUCCGGAGGAGGUCAUGUGUUGAAUAUUGGUUUUGGGAUGGGUCUGGUUGAUAUGGCCAUUCAACAGUACAAUCCUGUUUCACAUACUAUUGUUGAGGCUCACCCAGAUGUUUAUGAUCGUAUGCUUUCUAAUGGCUGGGGUGAGAAGGAAAAUGUGAAGAUUUUGUUUGGUCGAUGGCAAGAUGUUCUUCCACAACUUGGAUCCUAUGAUGGUAUAUUCUUUGAUACAUAUGGCGAAUAUUAUGAAGACAUGAGAGAAUUCCAGCAAUAUCUUCCUAAACUGUUAAAGCCUGGAGGUGUCUAUUCGUUCUUCAAUGGUCUUUGUGGAGACAACGCCUUCUUCCAUGUUGUUUACUGCAAUUUAGUUUCAUUGGAACUCGAAAACUUGGGUUAUACUACACAGUUAAUUCCGUUGCCAGUCAAGGAUUGUCUCGCAGAAGAUGUCUGGGAAGGUGUACGACAAAAAUACUGGCAGUUAGAUACGUAUUACCUUCCUGUUAGUCAAUACAUAGAUGAUUCUGUGUGACUACUGAAGUUUGUACUAUCAUAUGGGGUUUGUUAAGAAGUCUUUUAAUGAACAUUGCUUGACCUGAAAGGUUAGUGACUUGUCAGCUUUGUUGGUUUAGCAAUAUGUAAAAUCAGCAGCUUGUUGCCACCUACUGCUAUAAAAGAAACUGGCUGACUCAUUCA